AUGUUACAAGAUUCUUUAAGCGAUAGAGACACUUAUGUUUCAUGUUUAUUUGAAUCAACAAAAGAAAAUUCAAUAAUCCAUCCUAAUGCUUAUUUUAAUAUCUUAAAACAAGGAGAAGCAGAGAUUGAAGAAGGAAAGAAAACAUAUAAAAGAUGGAUUGGAUUAAAAAACAAAAUAAUGAUGUUAUUUAAAGAGAAAAGAUAAGCUAAAGCAGAAAUUGCCAUAAUAUUAUUUGAUUGUUUUGUUACUGAAACUACGAAAGAAAUUGUACUUAAUAUUUGGUUGAAUGAAAAACAAUGCAAUUCAAUUACAUUCAUGAAUAAUCACAAAAAAUGGAUAAAAUUAAUUAAAUCAUGUUUGAAACCAGAUGCAAAAUAAUAGAAAAUGAAUUUUAAUUCAUUUCUUUCCAUUAAAUAUUAUUAAAAUAUGGUUAUAUUAAUUUAUAAUUUAUUUUAAGG